AUGAAGGGUCUGCUAGUGAUCUUUGGGCUUUGUUUGGCCCUUUGUGAAGGACGAAUUGACACAUAUCGGAGGCCCGUGCAGAAUCGAGAACCACAUCAAGGUGUUUUCGGCGAAGAUUACAAUGAUGCCGACUCUGAAGAUACCUACGAAGAUGCGUUGAGUGACAGAUCAUAUAGAGUUAAUGAGUACGAGCCAACGUACGGGUAUGCGAAAAACCACAAGAGAAGGUUAGAUAGUGAAAGUGAAUAUGAACAAAGACAGCCAAAGUAUAUUAGUGGUAGAAGCCGGGGAAAAUAUUCAAGCUUCGGAAGCAGUCCACAGCACAAUUACGGUAGAGAUCCAAUAUCCAAGAAGCACAGUUAUGGUCCUGAGAUAAGAGACCGGAAGAAGGAUUACCGUUCGAUUCCGGGAUACGAAUCGCCUUAUCAGCCGUACUCUCCACCAGGUUACAGCCAUCCACCUCCGCCGCCACCACCAAGCUACAAACCGGUGGUACCAAAACAAAACUGCCAACAAAAUCUUCUUAUCGGAUGCAGUCCUACGGUGACCAGGGUUCCAUGCGGUGGGCAUGAAAGUAGCUACCAUUCCGUCGGUUCUGCCCUUCCCCAACCGCCAUACCAUUCACCAACAGCAGCAAUGCCGCCACCUCAACCGACCGCAGUAUACCAUCAUCCGAAACCAGCAGUAACCUACCAACCACACACACCAGCCGCUGCUCACCAUCAUACCCACAUACCCAGCAAUCGUCAAUCGUCACAGCCAAGCGUGCCUUCGUUUUCGCCGCCGGUAAAAGAGGACAUCCAGGAAAUUUCGCAACGGCCGUUCAUUUCAGCCUUCCCAACAACUACGACCAGUGCACCGCAGCUUCCCACCGUAGCAGCAGAUCGAGACCAGCACUUCCGAUUUGCCGAAAGGACGACCAAUCCACCGCUACCAUCAUCUACGGUCAUCGAGAACAUUCCCAGCCCAAAGGAAGCAUCCGGAGAUGAACCAGAACCAUCGGCCACACCCAGGGCAGCCAGUGCACCGCAGCCACCACCGGCACUGAUACCUGAACCGGCACUGGUACCUGAACCGGUACCGGCAUCUGAGCCGGCCUCGGUACCGGAACCGGCACCGACACCAACACCUUCGCCGUCACCAGCACCGGCUACGUUAGCGGUUGAUGAUUUCUUCGACGACAUACAAGACUAG